GGCCAUCGUCGGAAGCCCAGAGAGGCAGUCCGGCAUGGAGCGAGCCAAUGAGGGGGCGGGGGAAAUUGCGGGGGCACGGUGACCGGAGGGCAUGCUGAUGCGGUCACCCCAGAAACCCUCGUCCGCUCUCCCAGCAAAACACACCGACGGGCGUGCGAUGGCGACCGGCGCGGCUGCAGCGUCCUCCUCCCAGUCCUCCUCCUCCCAGCCCAUCCUCGCAAGCGGCGACUGGACAAAGAACCUCGUCCAUCUCGCCAAGACCGCAGAGCUCAAGAAACAUGCGCUCACCCUUCAGCUCCACACGGCGCACAUACUAUCGGCGCACGCAUCGCUAGAUCAGAAGCAGAAGGCAAUUCAGGAUGUCAAGGAGCAGAAAAACAAACUGGAGAGCGAGAGGGCUAGACUCCUUAAUUGCCUGCGCGAGGUGAACGAAGACCGAGACAAGGCGGACAUGACCGAAGCGAAACUGAACCAAGAAUGCGCGGACCUGCGUCAGAAAAUCCAGGCCCUCACGGACACCGACUACGCCACCGCGAAAGCGGACGUCGACAGGCUGCGACAAGAGCUCGGCCAGUCACCCCUGCCUAGCCUGCAACAAACAUUAGAAGAGAAGUCAGCACAGUACCUCAAGGAACUCCGCCUCCAGACCGAGAAGACGAUCACGUCCACCAAGCGCGCGGCGGAAGAUGUGACGGGUGCGGACGGCCAGCCGACGGGCAAGCGGCCGCGCGGGCGACCGAAGGGCAGCAAGACGAAUAAGGGCAAGGCGAAGGAGACCGCACACGUCGGGAGUGCUAGCGCGACGCCUGCUCCAGGUGCUGGCGGGCCCUGAGGCCUGAGGUCGCGGCGGCAGUCUCGCGCGUUCUGGGCUUGCUGUGGCGGGGGAAGCGAGCUGAGGUGGGCUUACCGUUUCGAGAAGCGGGGGACGACGUGUUGUGUGUCCGACGAGAUAGCAAUUUCGGCCAGGGCGGACGGCUGAUGGCGUCGCUGUCGCUGUCGGGUUCGUUGCUGGGUGCGUGAUGGACCCGAGUGGAUGAUGGAUGUGGACGGC